GGGCCCCAGGGCCAGGGCGAGGGCCGCGGCAGCUCCCUCAGCGUCCACAGCCUCCCCAGUGGCCCCAGCAGCCCCUUCCCCAGCGAGGAGCAGCCUGUGGCCAGCUGGGCCGUGUCCUUCGAGCGUCUGCUGCAGGACCCGCUGGGCCUGGCUUACUUCACUGAGUUCCUGAAGAAGGAGUUCAGCGCGGAGAACGUGACCUUCUGGAAGGCCUGCGAGCGCUUCCAGCAGAUCCCGGCCAGCGACACUCAGCAGCUGGCUCAGGAGGCCCGCAGCAUCUACCAGGAGUUCCUGUCCAGCCAGGCGCUGAGCCCGGUGAACAUCGACCGCCAGGCCCGGCUCGGGGAGCUGGGCGGGGCCGCGAACUCCGCCUUGCGCCGGGAGUCUCAGGGUUCGCUCAACUCCUCCGCCAGUCUGGACCUUGGCUUCCUUGCCUUUGCCGGCAGCAAAUCUGAGAGCCACCGGAAGAGCCUUGGGAGCUCUGAGGGCGACAGCGAAAGCCGGCCGGGGAAGUACUGCUGUGUGUACCUGCCCGAUGGCACGGCCUCCCUGGCCCUGGCCCGACCCGGCCUCACCAUCCGCGACAUGCUGGCGGGGAUCUGUGAGAAACGAGGCCUCUCUCUCCCUGACAUCAAGGUCUACCUGGUGGGCAAUGAGCAGGCCCUGGUUCUGGAUCAGGACUGCGCGGUGCUGGCGGACCAGGAAGUGCGGCUGGAGAACAGGAUCACCUUCGAGGGCGCGGGCGGGGCGGGCCGGGCCGGGCCGGGCCGGGCGCGCCCGCCGUGCCCCGCUGCUGACCUCCCCCCGCAGCCAGGAGAGCAGCAGCCGCUGGAUCUGGGGAAGCUCGUGAGCGCGGUGGCGGCCCAGAGGCUGGUUUUGGACACGCUUCCAGGUGCGAAGGUCUCCGAACCCGGUGCCAAAUCCCCCCGCCACAGCCAGGGCUGCCAGCCUAGAACCCAGGACAAGGCCACCCAACCCCCUACUGCGCCCCCCAGUUCGCUGGUGAAGGCGCCCAGUAGUACCCCUGGAAAGCGGCAGACCUGUGACAUCGAAGGCCUGGUGGAGCUGCUGAACCGGGUGCAGAGCAGCGGGGCCCACGACCAGCGGGGCCUUCUGCGAAAAGAGGACCUGGUACUUCCAGAAUUCCUGCAACUGCCUGCCGGAGGGCCCAGCUCCCAAGAAGCCCCGCCACAGACUGAAUCAGCGGGUGGCAGCCAUCUCCUACCCGGCAUCAUGGCUGUCCUCAGAUCUCUGGUGAAGCCCAAGAUUGUCCAAGAGGACCAAGAAGUCCAUCUGGCACCAGUCAAACAGAUAUGUCAAGAUUAA